UGGAAGCACGCCAUGCACCUGCGAGUUAUAGCUGCAGUUCUUUCGGUUUUGGUCCUGUCAGACUUGACUGCCGGCGACGAAGAGUGUUAUAAAAAUACAGCACCGGAAGAAGUAGUUGAGGUGGUCGAGUGUAGUGGAAGCUGCUUUGAAAUAGUAAAGCCAAUCUUAAACCAUUUCGUGGAGAUGAAAAUGGCCGCGGAUAACAGCAGGUACUUAAAAGACCAGUUAAAGGAUGUGAUAAACGAAAAUAAAAUAAAAGAUGAGCAAAUAAACGCGCUGAUCAAAAGCAGCAAUGAGCAAAAAAACACAAUAAACACUCUGACCAAAAACAACGAUGCUCUAAUAAAAGCUCAAAGUGGCAAUGAAGAGCUGAUAAGGGUUAUUAAAAGUGAAAUAAGCCAGAAAAACAAUGAAAUAAAUUCAUUUAAAACUCAAAUUUGUGAAGAUCUUAAAAAAGCUAGUGAAGAUAAAGACAAUUUUAAUAUAAAACUACUUAGUUGUUCAAACAAUAUUAAUAAAAACAAGAAUUCUUUGAUGGAUAAAAAUGUUGGGGAAAUCCAGGAAAAGACUGAUCAGGCAAUGAGCAAGGAAUCCCAAAAUAAGGACCCAACCAGUCAAAUAAAUGUUUUAUCCCAAAACUUAACUGAAACAAUUGAAAAACUUGGAAAAUAUGAUGAAAUAACUUCUUGCCCCACUGCCAGCAAAGGCCUAUUCCAUAUAAAGCAUCCGGAAGUGAGUGCAUUUGAGGCUCCUUGUAAUGGAUCUGGAUGGAUGGUAAUUCAGAGACGGAUGGACGGCAACGUGGACUUUGAUCGCAAUUGGACGGAAUACAGAGAUGGGUUUGGAAAUUUGAGAGGAGAGUUCUUCUUAGGCUUGGAGAAGGUGCACCUCAUAACUCAGUCGAGGCAGCAUGAACUGCUUAUCCGUCUGGGAAAAGUGAACGGGUCCACUGAUUUCGUCCAGUAUGAUAAUUUCAGGAUUGGUAGUGAGAAGGAUUCCUAUCCAUUGGAAUCGGUUGGAAAUUCCACUGCACGCGACUCCCUCACAUAUUACCAUUUGAAGUGAUGUAAGUGAUGUCAAUUGCGCCAGUAGAUUUGGUGGUGGCUGGUGGUUUAAUAACUGUGGAUACAGCUCCCUAAACGGAAAGUUCUACAGAGGUGGAAAAAUGAAUGGUAACUCAUACGGCAUCUACUGGGCCAGUUGGAAUAAUUACGACUAUACUGUUUCACUCACAUUUGUCGAAAUGAUGAUAAGACCCAAAUCCUUUUAAGAAAAAUUUGGAAUAAGGAAACUCAUCCACACAAAACUAGUUUUCAAAUCUUCUCUUCUCUUCUGACCAAAAUAAUAUGAGGAGCCUUUCGUGUCGGUUUUGGCUGUACUGCCACCUAUGGGCUUUGUUAACCCCAAAUUACAACCAAAUUACCACACGGACGUCCCUUCAGGGUCAUGGAUGGCGGCCUUGCUUUUGGGGCCUUUUGCAAUUAAGACCUUUUGCGAACAACACGAACUGCAACAAGAAUAAGACGGUUGAGGUUGGAGUUGCAAGUUGCAAUGCAAAUUAAAGAUGUAUUAUAUUUUAUUAGUAUUACCUAUAAUUUUACCAUAAAAGAUCAACGAAUUAUUUUAAAAUUUUGACAUCUUAAUCAAAAAUUGAAUUUACCCCAACUUAUUCAAUUCAACGAAGAAAUUUUAAAAAUGUGUCCUGGCACUGGGUAUAUCACUGAGGUUGGAAGUCCACGAGGUGACGAACCUGAGUACACCUUACUAUGUGCGACGAUGUAGUAGUAUAUAGACGAAGAAUUAAACAUUUUCUGUAGGCGUUCGACUGGACAAGCGCUUCAUCAAGCAAAAUAUAUUGUUUAAAUUAGAUAAUUUGUAUCCAAAAAUUUUCCCAAUAUAGUUUUUAUUGAUUAAAUUGAAGCUAGUGGGGGCAUAGGAACAUAUUUUAAUCAUGUUCUUAUAUUGAGUAUGCUUUUAGUUCCGAGCCUCCUUCAUAACUUUCAUUGGAUUUAACCAGCGGAAGCGUAUGUCCCAAUACAUAACGACAUUGACCCUAUUUUAUGUUUUAUUUUAUGUUCAGACCCACAACUUUUGGAACCUUGUUUAAAUUUUAUCGCUCUAUUCGUAUUAAACGGGUUGGCAGCUCCUAUAUCCGAAAAACAACAAUGUAUCGUUACCUUUUCAUAUUUUAUCCUUUUACCCAAGACCUUUGUA